AUGUCUCUCCUGCAGAUGGCUUCAGUGACUGAUAGUAAAGCUGGAGUCAAAGAUGCCUCCGACCAGAAUUUUGACUACAUGUUCAAAUUGCUCAUUAUCGGCAAUAGCAGCGUUGGCAAAACCUCCUUCCUCUUCCGCUAUGCCGAUGAUACCUUCACCCCAGCCUUUGUCAGCACUGUGGGCAUCGACUUCAAGGUGAAGACAGUCUACCGCAAUGAGAAGCGAGUGAAGCUGCAGAUCUGGGACACAGCUGGGCAGGAGCGGUACCGGACCAUCACCACAGCCUAUUACCGUGGGGCCAUGGGCUUCAUUCUGAUGUAUGAUAUCACCAAUGAGGAGUCCUUCAAUGCUGUCCAAGACUGGGCUACUCAGAUCAAGACCUACUCCUGGGACAAUGCACAGGUUAUCUUGGUGGGGAACAAAUGUGACAUGGAGGAAGAAAGGGUUGUUCCCACUGAAAAGGGCCGGCUCCUCGCAGAGCAGCUUGGGUUUGACUUCUUUGAAGCCAGCGCCAAGGAGAAUAUCAGUGUGAGGCAGGCCUUUGAGCGCCUGGUGGAUGCCAUUUGUGACAAGAUGUCUGAUUCGCUGGACACGGACCCCUCCGUGCUGGGCGCCUCCAAGAACACCCGUCUCUCGGACACCCCGCCGCUGCUGCAGCAGAGCUGCUCAUGCUAGGCAAGGCCCACCCUCCUGCUCUCCCCUCAUUGUGGCCCCACCCCCGCUCUGCUUCCCCUGUUACACUCUGUCCACCCCCAGCCCCGAGCCAGCUGCGUUGCUGCUGUUCUUUGCCUGCAGUGGAGGUGGAACCAUGCUCCAGGGGUUCUCUGCAGAUGGCCCCACUAACAGACGCUCAGCACUAGACUAACAGGCCAGGUAGCAACGUGGGUAGAGAUUCACUUUAUAAGAGAAGACUCCAUUUACAAAGAGAAUUCACUACAGAGUCUUGGAAAGCAAAUCUCUUUUCUGCCUUUAGAAUAAGAUUUCCUCCAUUUACCAAAACAUGACACACAUAUACUUUUCAGGGCCUGGCCAACUGUGUAGAGUGAGGCCCACCUUCACAGCUAAUCCUAUUAACGAAAACCUCCCCAUACAUGACAUGCUUGUUUCAUAUCAGGCUCCCCUGUGGAGCUUCCUCGCACUGCAAGGCAAGCUUUGCUCUCAAAGCCCUAUGUCUGUUACCACGGAUGCCCACAGGGCCUGGGCAGUUGCUGUGGUGACAGGCCAGGGCUAAUCUCCAGAGAGCUCUCUAAUGAUGCUGGAGGAGCAAAGGCUGAGUCAGAAACACCCUUAAAAGAAAAAGAUUAUUCCCCGCAAAAUGUCAAAGGUUUCUGCUCUAUGAAAGAGCAAACUAGGGAGUACAAGAAAGACAAAGAGAAAAAAGGAGAGAGACACAGGCGAGAUAAAAAAGCAAGUCAUGAAUUUCUGAUUUUGCCACUUUCCAGAUGGUUCUUAACUGUGGGAACUCUAUGAAAUUGGUCAUUGGCUCUUAAAUUCCCAGAAUCUGAAAAAUUUAUAGAGUUGGUAGGAUCCCGAAUCUGACCUAGUCUGACUAGUUAAUCCCAAUCCCUAUCUCUGACAAGUGGCUGCCAGACUUCACAACCAAAUCUUUUCCUCUAAAGCACACAUUCCAGGCAGGGACGGGAGCUCGUUGUUCAAACCAUCUGUGGGCAGCUCCCAUAAUCCCAAACUUUUCCUUGUUUUAAGCUGAAGUAUGCCUCCUAGAAAUUCAUCCUUUUCUCACUCAAUUUGUACUAGCUCUGCUGUCAGAGAGCUCACAGAGUCUGCUCCCUCUGCCCCAUGACACCCUUAGGUGACUAGAGAACUUAAGUCAUGAUCCCUGGGACCUGCACUUUCUCUAAGUCAAAUAGUUCUAAUUCCUUCUUCUGUGAUUCAUAGGGUCUUCUCCACAUCCUGCCCUUUCUUCCAACCCAUCUUUCAGUCACUCCUGAGUAGUCCACCUAGGAAGUGGGAUUCGAAGCAGAAUAAUUCUAAAGGGGGAGGGGGGGUAUGACACGGAAAACAUUAGGAAAAGUAAACUCAGAUGUUUCAAUCCCAACCUCAUAUAGUCUCCUGGGAGUGAAACCUUAGUUUUUUACCAAAAAACCGAUGUGAAACCACUCCUGGAGGAAGAGGCUUAAUUAAAUGCCAGAAGAAAACAAAGAUACAAAAAAAUCCUCUGAAACUAGAAACAAGCUGAAUGGAUUAACUCAUGAUUCUAGCUCAUGUUUGUGGACACUGCACAUGUUUCGUUUUUAGGUGAAACAAUGACAUGGAAUGAAGUGAUGAUCUCUGCACAUCUUUUCUCCCAACCCUGAACCCACAGUGUUGUUCCCAAAACCCCCCCUCACACUAACAUGUGACCUCAAAAGUCAGUGGGGGAGGAGGAGAGUCUCCCCCAAACUUUCUCUCAAUUUCAAAUGCAGCUCAUUGUCUUAGGAAAGUGCAUUAACUAGCAACAGGCCCCUCCAGAGCCAGCCCUAUGGAGAUGUUGCUUUCUCUGAUGCAGAGCAGAGGAUGGACUUUGGUCUUGGAACCAGGAGACCUGGGCUCUCUGCCCUAAAUCAAGUGUGAUGCUGGACCAGUUACUCCUAUCUCUGAGUCUUGAUUUUCCACUUAUAAAAUGAGGGGGGUUAUUUGGAUAAUCUUUAAUGUCCCUUCUCGCACUAAUAAUAACUCUGUGACUCUUUUUCACCUUCAUUAUUUCAGUUGAUCUGCAAAAUAAACCCGAGACAUGAGGAUCAUCA